AUGCAUCCCCUCGAUCCACUUACCCCUCAGGAAAUCUCCUCAGCUGCAAGCGUAGUCCGGGAUAGCUUCCUUGAGGCGCAGUUAAUUUUCCGAGUCAUCACUCUCUCCGAGCCGCCAAAGCAGCAGUUGAUCCCCUAUCUUGAAGCAGAGAGGCUUAGCAAACGUCUUCCUCCGCCUCCGCCACGUGUCGCCCAAAUUCAAUUCUAUCUCGAGAAUGCGACGCAAUUCCGGCAGGCUAGUGUUGAUCUGGGGGCCAGGAAGUUGUACGAUGUGAAGAGCUUGGACGGCAACCAUGCCUACGUGGAUGCCGGGGAGAUGAAGAAAUGUGAAAAGGCAUGCCUUGAUGACCCUCAAAUUCAGGUUGCGAUUGAUGCCCUCCAACUUCCAGAUGUGGCUACCGUGAUCUGCGAUCCGUGGACAUACUCGCCAGAUGGUAUGAACGAUAUGAGCCGGCGUGUCGUCAUAUGUUUCUUCUAUGCCAAGUUCUCGGAUCAUGAUGAUGCAAAUCAUUAUGCUUAUCCCUUGGAGUUUAUCGCUGAGCUGUCAGAUGAAAUGAAGGUAAUGGAAGUCUUGAAAGUUCCUUCGGGCCCAGACGAGAAAAUGGCUCUCGUAAACGGGAACUUGAGACCCUUUGAUCGAACUAAACUUCAUUCCACUAGUGAAUAUCAUCCAGAUUUGGUACCCGAGCGCCGAACGACAGUGCAGCCGCUGCAUGUGGUCCAGCCCUCCGGUCCGUCUUUCCAGUGUUCUGGCAACCUGAUAAACUGGGAGAAGUGGAGGUUCCGGGUCGGCUUCAACUACCGGGAAGGCCUGGUGAUCCACGACGUGACAUACGAUGGGAGACAAAUAUUCUACCGACUAUCAUUGUCCGAGAUGUUCGUUCCAUACGGAGACCCGCGAGCCCCUUACCCUCGAAAGGCUGCUUUCGAUUUUGGCAACAAUGGAGGCGGCGUGAACGCAAACAAUCUCGGCCUUGGAUGUGACUGCUUGGGACACAUCAAGUACUUUGAUGCGUGGCACCACACGAACGAUGGCUUGCCAGUCAAGAUGCCGAACGUUAUCUGCUGCCACGAGGUUGAUGAUGGCAUUCUGUGGAAGCAUACCAACUAUCGAACGGACAAUGCCGUCGUCACUCGAUCUCGCGUGCUUGUGCUGCAGACCAUUAUCACCGUCAGCAACUACGAGUACAUCUUUGCUUUCCAGUUCAAUCAAGCAGCGGAGUUAUCCUACGAAGUCCGCGCGACGGGCAUCCUGAGCACUUCCUUUAUCGAUAUUGGGGCCAAGGUUCCCUACGGAACAGUUGUCGCUCCCGGAGUCAUGGCGCCUUAUCACCAACACUUGUUCUCCCUUCGAGUUGACCCAGCCAUCGAUGGCCACAAUAAUUCUCUCAUGGUGGAGGAAUCUCAUCCCGCACCAGUUGAGGAUGCCUCCAGCAUGGCCAAUGUUGGCUAUGUUACUAAGAAGGAGUUCGUUGAGACGGAGACAUCCCUCGACACUGACAACCGAACUGGUCGCGUCUUCAAGAUCGUCAACGAAAACGUCACCAAUCCAAUUUCUGGCGGCCCUGUUGGUUACAAAUUAGUGCCGCACUAUUCGCAGAUGUUGCUCGCCCAUCCAUCCUCAUUCCACUCGAUUCGGUCGGAGUUCACGGACCACCCAAUCUGGGUGACCCGACACCAAGAUGUCGAGCGGUUUGCAGCUGGAGAACAUACCCUACAAUCGGAGGUUGGCUCGGGUAUUGCAACCUGGAUCAAAUCACGAGAAGCGCCACAAAGUGUGCGGAACGAGGAUAUUGUGAUAUGGCACACUUUCGGCACAACCCACAAUCCGAGAGUCGAGGACUGGCCCGUCAUGCCUGUGGAGAAAAUGUUGGUGACGCUGAAGCCGAUCAAUUUCUUCACUCGCAACCCGGCCUUGGAUGUGCCUAUCUCCAACCAGGCUGACAACAAAAGUGUAUUGGUGGUAGACGACGCCGUGGAAGGCCCAGGGGCUUGUUGCGGGUCGGCCCGACUAUAG